CGCGUCGUCGUGCAUGUCCGGCCCAAUCUCCUCAUUUGUCACUUCCUCUCACGAAACCCUAAACCCCACUGAAAUUUUCCUGUCCCUUUCGUUGUUUCUUCUCACUAAUUAACUGUACUUUCUUGUCCAUGUUCGUACGCGGCUAUGGCUCUCUUCGCAUGGCCGCCACAUAAGUUCGACACCCGUCCACAUGCAUGCCCCUCUUCGUUCACUAUAUAUGCAUUUUCUUUCAUUCCUCACAUUCUUCAGUGUACGGUUAGGAAAAACAGCACAACCCGGCCACCACCUGAAAAUUAAUGACAAUGAGUGGAAAACUAUUGCCUUUACUUGUUUUUCUUUUCUGUUCGGUUCUUGUGUUUGCAUCUGUGGGUUUGGGCAAAGAAGACCCAGAGCUGAAACAGUGCAAGCACCAAUGCAAGGUGCAGCAGCAGUUUGGCAGGAGUGAGAAGCAAGAGUGUUUGGAUAGGUGUGACAGGUACUAUAAGGAGAAGCAGGAGAGGAGAGACAGGGACGUGGAAGGGGUGGAUCAAGAGGACGCGUGGAACCCUGAGAGUCCCCAGAGGAAGCUGAGGGCAUGCGAGAGGCAGUGUGAGCAGAGAGGGAGGGAGGAGGAGAGGAGGGAGUGUCAGAGGCAGUGUCUGGAGGAGUUCAGGAGGGAGGAGGAGAAGCAGCGUGGUGGCGGUGGAGGACGGGAUGGGGUGGUUGAGAAUAAGAGGGAUCCUGAGGAGCAGUUCAGGAGGUGCAAGGAAGGGUGUGAGAGACAGAGAGGAGGGCAGGAGGUGCAACGGCGGUGCGUGGAACGGUGUGAGAGGGAAUACAGACAGCAUCAAGGUAGGGAAGAGGAAAGAGGAGGUGGUCGUGGUGUUGAGCAAGAGAACAAGAAGGACCCUGAGGCUGAGGAGCAAUUCCGUCACUGCAAGGAGCAGUGUCAGCGACAGCGAGCAGGGCAAGAGCAGCACCAGCGCUGCCGUGAACGGUGCGAGAGGGAGUACGAACAACGUCAGAGACGGGGAGAGGGUAAUCCCAGGCGCGAAGAAGGCAGAGAAGAGUGGGAAGAAUCUGAGGGGCAGCAAGAGAGAGAGCCUUAUGUGUUCGAGGACCAACAUUUCACUACUAAAAUUGAAACCCAACAUGGAAGAGUGAAGCUUCUGCAGAACUUCAAGGAGAGAUCAAAGCUUCUUCGCGGCAUCGAGAAUUAUCGCGUGGCGGUUCUCGAAGCUGAUCCUCAGACCUUCAUAGUUCCUAACCACUGGGACGCUGAGGCUAUCAUCUUUGUUGCAAAGGGAAGAGGAUCGAUAAGCCUGGUUCGCCACGAUAAGAGGGAGAGCUUUAACCUUAACAGUGGAGAUGUCUUGAGAGUUCCGGCAGGCGUUACCGUUUAUCUGAUCAACAGAUCUAACAAUCAACAGCUUGUUUUAGUCAAGCUCCUUCAGCCUGUCUCCACUCCCGGUCAUUUUGAGGCGUUUUUUGGCCCGGGAGGGGAAGACCCAGAGUCCUAUUACAGGGCAUUCAGCACUGAGCUUCUUGAGGCUGCUCUGAAUACGAGGAGGGACAGGCUUGAGAAGAUAUUUGGGCAGCAGAGGCAGGGGGUCAUCAUCAAGGCAUCCCAAGAGCAAAUCAGAGCCAUGAGCCGCCACGAGGAAGGCGGAAUCUGGCCGUUUGGCGAGAAAUCGAAAGGCCCCUUCAACCUCUUCCACAAGCGUUCCUCCCUGUCUAACCAGUACGGGCAACUCUACGAGGCCGAUCCCAGCGACUGCAGGGAUCUUGAUGAACUCGACUUGGGCGUUGGUUUCGCCAACAUUUCUGAAGGUGCCAUGAUCACUCCUUACUACAACUCAAGGGCCACAAAGAUUGCUAUAGUGACUAAUGGAGAAGGCUACUUUGAGAUGGCAUGUCCUCACUUGUCCUCGCCGGAGUUUGGCGGCGAAGGAGGCAGGCAGCACGGUGGUGGCCGCCACCAAGGCAGGACCAGCCCAAGCUACCACAAAGUGAGGGCACAGCUCAGGCGCGGCAUGGUGUACGUCGUCCCCGCCGGUCAUCCAGUUAUCACGGUCGCCUCCGACAACCAGAACCUGGAGAUCCUCUGCUUCUAUGUCAACGCCAGGAACAACGAGAAGUUCCUCCUGGCGGGGCGGAGGAACAUAAUCAAUCAGCUGGAGAGGGAGGCCAAGGAGUUGGGUUUCGGUCUCCCGGCGAGGGAGGUGGAUGAGGUGUUCAGGAGCCAAGAGGAAGAGUUCUUCCUGCAGGGACCUCGCCAACAGAGACACCACGAGGGGCGUGCCGAGGCUUGAGAGUUGAAGGGGUUUUUUUUUACAGUUG